AUGUACCUGAAUCAAAACGCGUACACGGCGACAGGUUUCAACAUCAGCAGUUUCUGUAUGUCGACAUGUGACACCUUCAUCCUCCUGGUAGAGAAUGCCCUCAGAUUGGCCACCAUCAACACCGUGAGGGACUUUGUCCUCUUCCUGGGAAAGGUACUGAUCAUCUCGUGCACGGCGUUCGCUGGCGUGCUGGAGUUCAACUUCCAGCGGGACUACACGGUGUGGGUCCUGCCCCUGCUCAUCAUCUGCCUGUUCUCCUGGCUGGUGGCCCACUGCUUCCUGUCUGUCUUUGAGAUCGUGGUAGAUGUGCUCUUCCUCUGCUUCGCCGUGGACACCAAGAACAACGACGGCAGCCCCGGCCGUGCUCACUUUGGAAGAAGGAUGGAGAAUCGGGACGCUGCCUUAUAAAUGCAGAGGUGGAAAAAGUACCCAAUCGUCAUACU